AGUUGAGGUUCAAUGCAUUAAGAAACAAAGUAACAACGUCAGUAGUAGUGAAAGCUAAGCUGUGUCGUUUGAAGUGGGCGGAGAGAUUGGAAAGGUCGGAGGGCAUAUCCAUGGCGAAUCUGCAGAUUGUUCCGGCGGGGACUAUAGGUAGCAAUAAUAAUGUGGAAGCACAGUUUGUGGAAAUGAUGGUUCCUCUCUAUUCUCAUGGAUGUGAGAGGAAGAUCAAGAAAGCCUUAUCCCAUUUCAAAGGAAUAUACUCUGUGAAUGUAGAUUUUAAUCAGCAGAAGGUGACCGUGUGGGGAAUAUGCAACAAGAAUGAUGUCUUGUCCACCGUUAGGAGCAAGAGAAAAGAUGCUCGCUUUUGGAAUCCCCAAGAUAACGCCACCGCCCUAGGAGGAGGAGGAAUAGAGGAAGAGCAAUCUCAAACACCGCCGAUUCAAAGACGUCUCUCCGCUCCACCUUUAGCUCUUCUCCGGGUUCGAUCCCUUAGCUGGAAAUUGACUCUCAAGAAGGCAUUCACCCGAACCUACUCAUUCUAAAGCCUGAACAUGCCUUCAAUUAUCUCGAUCUCGACCUUAUUCUUAGACGAUCCAAAUCCUUUUUUAUUUGAGUUAAUAAUGUAUUUUGAAACACUUAAGUACUUUGCUAGUCCUCUCACCGACCAAGCGAGGUUUGUGUAAAUAUUUUAUAAAAAUGAAUAUUUGAUCGAGUUAUUUCAA